AUGGAUUCUCCAUUGACCUAUCUCGUCAAGAAUGUUCCUGACCAUUUGGAUAUUUCACCGCGAUAUAUGGAGGGCGACUGGGGUACAAGGAUGUCUCGGACCAUGCUUUUCAAGAGUCUCAUCUCCACGGUUGGAGUCCUCGCAACUUCGGCAAGCGCUACCAUAUACUAUGCAGGAGUUGCUGAAAGUGGUGGAGAGUUUGGAGUCUACAGUGGAUCAGGUACUGUAGGAACAGGAUUGCCGGGAACAUUUGGUCGAGAUUAUGAAUUCAUCAACAAAUCCGCAAUUGACAUCUACGUUGACCAGAACAAGGCAAACUUGUUCCGUGUAGCAUUCCUACUGGAGCGAAUGUGCCCUCUUGCCACAGGCUUAGGCUCUACCUUCAACGAAACCCAUUACUCUUACUACGCAGAUGCAAUUAACUACAUCACUCAAACCAAAUCAUCCUACGCUAUCUUGGAUCCUCAUAAUUAUAUGCGCUAUAAUGAUCCAUCUUCACAACCAUACUCUGGAUCUAUAAUAGGUGACACCACCGAUGCAAAGGCUGCCACCACUGCACAAUUUGGUGCAUUCUGGGGAGAAUUGGCAAAAAGAUUCAAGAACAACCAGAAUGUUAUUUUUGCGCUGAUGAACGAGCCCCACGAUAUGGCCACAAGCUUAGUAGUAAAGAACAAUCAAGCCGCCAUUACCGCCAUUCGCAAAGCCGGCGCCAAGAACUUGAUCCUAGCACCAGGUAACUCAUGGACAGGAGGACACGCCUGGACCCAAGGCAGCGACCCCUCAAGCGCGCUUCUACAAACCCUCCAAGACCCCCUCAACAACACCGCCAUGGACAUCCACGAAUACCUCGACUCUGACUUUUCCGGCGGCCAUUCCCUCUGCUCCUCACCCGCUUCAUCAAAUCUCGCCGCUCUUACCUCCUGGCUCCAAACCUACAAGCUCAAAGCCAUGAUUACCGAAUUUGGUGGCGCAAACGGCACAGAGUGCGAACCAUAUAUUUCAGGCAUGAUUAACUACAUGGCGGCGAAUGAUGUGUAUAUUGGAUGGACGGCCUGGGCCGCAGGACCUUUCUGGGGAGCUAAUUCUCCGUGCUGUGCGGAUUCGGCACAGUGGGGAAGUUUGGAACCGGGAAGUUUGGCUGGUGAUGGAAGUCCUGGAUUGUACGAGACCGUUUGGUUGAAGACUAUUCAGCCUUUGUUGCCUAAGACCUUGCAAAGAUCGGGUCCGGCUACUGUGCACCAUUAG